AUGAAAUAAAAGAAUAUUGAAAUUGAAGAAUAACUUCGAGAAGUUCGAUUUGCUGAUUCUAAAUAAAUUAAAAAUAAAUUCUUGUCUAAAUUUAGAAAACAAUAAAGUUUAGAAGUUUAUAAUUAGAUUAGAAAGAAUCGUAUAUAUUUAAAUAAAAGUUAAGCAUUUUAAUUAAGCUAAGAAUUUCAUAGUAAUGAAUUAAAAUGUAAAUUGUGUUAAGAUUAUUUUAUAAAGUUUACAAUAACUUCUUGUGGUCAUUCAUUUUGUUAUUAUUGCAUAUUUGAGCAUUUACUUAAAUCUCAUGUAUAUUUGAUGUAUAUAUUAAAGAAAUGUCCAUGUUGCUAAACUGGUUUAAAAGGUUUAGAAUUAAUCUAUUGUAAAACAAUUGACUAAUUCAUUCAGAAUAGCAAAAUACUCGAAAAUAAUUCAACAAUUCUAAAUAGAAAAAAGGAGUUUAAAGAAUGGAAAUUAAAAAAGAAGAUUAAAAAUGUUAAAUAGGGAGAUUCCUUAGAUGUUUUAGAUACAGAACAUAUCUGGUGUGUUGGAUAGAUAAUGAACAUUAGAAAUUAAAAAGAAAUGUUAGUCCAUUAUUAAGGAUGGAAUAAGGCUUAUGAUGAAUACAUUUCAAUCUCUUCACCUCGUUUAUCUCCUUUGGGUCUAUUUACUAAUAGAACUGGUAAUAUUAAAAUAUUAUUAAAGAUAUUUUACUAUAUUAACCAAGUAUGAAUGAAAAUGCAAUGUCUAAUUAUGUUAGAUAAAUAGCAUCUCAAAAUUAAGACAACGAUUUAUUUAAUUAUUUGAUAUUAUAGUAACAAACAUCAAAUUCAAACAUUAUUUUAGCAAUUGAAUCCCCAGGUAGAAAUACAUUAUCAAGUCUAUUAUAAUUAGUUAUUAUCAUUAGAGAAAUACAUGAUGAAUUACACAAUGAAUCAUGA